UGGGCAGUGUGGCGCUAUAACUCUGCAGGCAGUCGCAGGCGAGCCGGAGCAGAGCUAUGGCCCUGAGCGAUCUGGUGCUGCUGCGAUGGCUGCGGGACGGCCGCCACUCGCGCAAGCUGAUCCUAUUCAUCGUGUUCCUCGCGCUGCUGCUGGACAAUAUGCUGCUCACCGUCGUAGUUCCCAUCAUUCCCAGCUACCUGUACAGCAUUGAGCAUGAGAAAAAUGCCACGGAAAUCCAGACCACCAGGCCAGUGCUCACAGCCUCCACCUCCGAAAGUUUCCACAGCAUCUUCUCUUACUAUGACAACUCUACCAUGUUCACCGGGAAUGCCACGGCAGGCCUUCCAGGAGGGCAGUCACACAAGGCUACCACCACACAGCACACUGUGACCAACACUACUGUCCCUUCUGACUGUCCCAGUGAAGACAAAGACCUUCUCAAUGAGAAUGUGCAAGUUGGGCUGCUGUUUGCCUCCAAAGCCACUGUCCAGCUCCUCACCAACCCAUUCAUAGGACUCCUGACCAACAGAAUUGGCUAUCCAAUUCCCAUGUUUGCUGGAUUCUGCAUCAUGUUUAUCUCAACAGUUAUGUUUGCCUUCUCCAGAAGCUAUGCUUUCCUGCUGAUCGCCAGGUCCCUGCAGGGAAUUGGCUCCUCUUGCUCAUCAGUGGCUGGGAUGGGCAUGCUGGCCAGCGUGUACACAGAUGAUGAAGAGAGGGGUAACGCCAUGGGGAUUGCUUUGGGCGGCCUGGCCAUGGGGGUCUUAGUGGGACCCCCCUUCGGGAGUGUGCUUUAUGAGUUUGUGGGGAAGACUGCUCCCUUCCUGGUGCUAGCUGCCUUGGUGCUCUUGGAUGGGGCUAUUCAGCUCUUUGUGCUCCAGCCAUCCCGAGUGCAACCAGAGAGUCAGAAGGGGACACCUCUAACAACCUUGCUGAAGGACCCAUACAUUCUCAUCGCUGCAGGCUCCAUCUGCUUUGCAAACAUGGGGAUAGCCAUGCUGGAGCCCGCCCUGCCCAUCUGGAUGAUGGAGACCAUGUGUUCCCGAAAGUGGCAGUUGGGCAUUGCUUUCCUGCCAGCGAGCAUCUCUUAUCUCAUUGGAACCAAUAUUUUUGGGAUACUUGCACACAAAAUGGGAAGGUGGCUGUGCGCUCUUCUGGGAAUGGUAAUUGUUGGAAUCAGCAUUUUAUGUAUUCCUUUUGCAAAAAAUAUCUACGGACUCAUCGCUCCCAACUUUGGAGUUGGCUUUGCAAUUGGGAUGGUGGACUCCUCCAUGAUGCCUAUCAUGGGCUACCUGGUUGACCUGCGCCAUGUGUCUGUCUAUGGGAGUGUAUAUGCCAUUGCAGAUGUGGCCUUUUGUAUGGGGUAUGCUAUCGGUCCCUCUGCUGGCGGUGCCAUCGCAAAGGCCAUUGGCUUUCCUUGGCUCAUGACGAUUAUUGGGAUAAUUGACAUUGUUUUUGCUCCACUCUGCUUUUUCCUUCGAAGUCCACCUGCUAAGGAAGAAAAAAUGGCUAUCCUCAUGGACCACAACUGCCCCAUUAAAACAAAGAUGUACACUCAGAAUAAUGUCCAGUCAUAUCCCAUUGGUGAUGAUGAAGAAUCUGAAAGUGACUGAGCCCGUCUAACGUUGCCAAAUGUUUAACUGUGUAGAAGUGUUUCCCGUGAGAAGACUCAUGCAGAGCUAUCUUAGUCACA